AUGGCAGACUCCAGCAAAGACAAGGACCACUACGACUACCUGUUCAAGUUCAUCAUCAUCGGCGAUGCAGGAGCGGGGAAGUCGUGUCUCCUUCACCAGUUCAUUGAGAACAAGUUUAAGAAAGGAUGCAGCCACACAAUUGGAGUUGAGUUCGGCAGCAAGAUGAUUAACAUCGCAGGGAAGAGAAUCAAACUGCAGAUUUGGGACACGGCCGGACAAGAACGUUACCGCUCUGUCACACGCAGCUAUUACCGAGGCGCUGCAGGCGCUCUUCUCGUCUACGACAUCAGCAACCGCGACUCGUACAACCACUUGAUGAAUUGGCUAGCCGACGCGCGCUCGCUCGCUCGAGCAGACAUCUCCAUAAUUGCAGUCGGCAAUAAAGUUGAUCUGAAGGAAAAGAGGGCGGUGUCCUUCCUCGAGGCGUCUCGCUUUGCUCAAGAAAACGAUAUUUUGUUCCUGGAGACCAGCGCGUUCACUGGCGAGGGCGUCGAAGAUGUUUUCGUCAAAGUCGCGCGACUCAUUCUCAACAAAAUCGAAGACGGCUUGAUUGACCCCAACACGAUGAUCUCGGGGAUCCACGCGACACGGACGAGUAUGGGCAGCCCGGGGCCGAAGCCUCCGCCGUCUAGUUGCUCCUGCUGA